GACGCCAGGAGGUUCAUAACGGCCAUUUGACAUGCCACAAAAUGUGAAAUUCGAGGUCUGCCACGCCGCGAUCGCGUUAAAGCCGAGGCGUAACGCUUCCACGUGGCUACGUGUUCCGGUCCGGCUCAUAUAACUCCAAAAUUUGGCCUGAUAAUGAGCAGCACAGCAAGACGUACACGAUUUAGGAGGUGGUGAUGGGCAUUCGUGAGAAGCUCCGAGUUUACAGGAGAAUGAGCUAUGGAGGAAGUGGCAGAGCGCCCGUUGAUAUGACAGUGUCCGAAGGAUAACAAGCCCAAAUGAGAUGAAGCGGGAAUAAGACUAGUGCUUCGCGUAGAGUGCCGAGCUUGCACGAAAAAAGUUGGUCCUUGUAAAAUUGUGGACGUUGUUUGGCAAAAGCUUCUGAUCCAAACAGCCGCAAUGGUUGCAAUAUUCUCACGCUGCUACUCGAACCACGAGUUGAGGAGUCUGAAUCUUGUGUGGAAAACCCAUGGCCUCGAAUCAAGCUCGUAGGAGUCGAAGCCGGUCUAGGAGCCAGGACAGAAACGCUUAUGACAGGAGAACUGUGAGGGAUAGAGAGUUUUUCAUAGCAGACAGAAAUGCUUCUGGCCAUCGUCGGCCUUCAGGAAUGGAUUCCGAGAGAGACAUACCUCGUCGGUCACGAUCCCCCCUUCGCUCACGUAGGCGCUCGAUAUCACGGUCUCGCAGCCCCAGACGUAAGCGCCAGUGGCCAAGGUCUCGGUCCCGCUCCCGUGGCCCUGAGCGCUCGCACUCUAGGGAAAGGCAUGAACAUCCUAAAGACAGAGAAAAGCACAGACACAAACAAGACAAGCACAGAAGUCGUGAGGAGAAAAGGGAAAGAAAGAGAGAAAAGAAAGAAAAGAAAGUGAGUAGUCCUAAGAAUUAUAACCAUCAGCGAACCCGUUUCUCGCAGAAGAAAAGGCAUGGGACUGCCUCUGGUGCUCAGUGGGGUAAAUACGGAAUUAUCAAUGAAACCGACUUCUACAACAAAACCCAAGAAUUCCGCACGUGGCUGCUGGAAGAGCGCAAAAUUAACCCGGAGGCCAUAUCUAAGGACCAGGAGCGCAAAGAGUUUGCUGUUUUUAUUGAAGAUUAUAAUACUGCAACACUCCCUCACGAGAAAUAUUACCAUAUGGAGACUUACGAACGACGAAUGACGUCGUUACGAGCUGGCGAGUUCGUUCCACCGGCAGAAGACUCCUAUGAUCCUGAGGCUGAUUUACGGGCUCACUCUUUACGACACAAGAAAGCGCCUGCCGAGCACGAAAGUUACCUAAGCAAGGAAGAGCUUAUGGAGUUGAGGAAGGUCCAGAGUGAGAGAGUUGAGGUUGGGAAGAUGAAACUUUUGGGUAUGGAAGUGAAACAAAAUUUUGGGGUUCGGAUGGAUAGAACCAUGUUUGAUGAUUGA